AUGCAAGGGAGAGAAACUUUUGUCGUUGUCCUUCAGUGGAUCAUUACUGCGACCGCAAUCGUCGGCAAUGGCCUUGUUAUAUAUCUGAUCACAUUCAGGCAAAGGCUUCACUCCAAAGCAAAUUGGUUCGUCUUAUCUUUAGCGGCAGCUGAUCUAUUUGUUGGGGCUUCGUUCCUUCCUUAUUACAGAGCUUGUAAAGCGGAAGAAUUCUGCUACCAGAGACAUAUUCACUGGCUGUGUGUUGAUGUUUUCCUCUGUGCUUCCGUAACAAACCUUUGUUUAUUGACUGUAGAUCGAUACAUCGCGAUCGUCAAGCCACUGAAGUAUCUGACCACUAUGACUCAAAGAAGAGUUAUGUUCGGCAUAUUGGCCGCCUGGUGUUUUCCAGCUGCCACGGCGCUUCUGCCUUUAUCGUGGACGUACUUGGCCAAUUCAAUGGCACAAAGGACAACCUGUUGGAAAGUUUUCAUCAUCGGCACAUUAUUCGUAUAUGGAAUUAUUCCUUGCCUUCUUCUUCCCCUGGCCAUUGUGCGAAUCUUGCUGAUAGCUCGAAGGUGUCGCAUAGAACGAUGCGUAGUCAUAGCCCAGUUAGAUUUCAAUUAUUCUGAGGCAAGAGGCAGAAGACAAUCCUUCCCGGACCAAGAUAUUUCUUCCACAAAGCUCAUCGUUGCUAUUGUCAUUUUGUUCUUAAUUUGUUACCUGUUUGGUGUCUGCGUCCGGAUCGCGGCCGUUUUUGGUGAACACCUACCACCUGAAUCCGUCUAUGUAAUUUCCUCCAUUCUAAUUUUAACCAAUUCCGCAGCGAAUCCUGUGGCGUAUGGAUUAUUAAAGAAAGAUUUCAGGAGAGAACUGCUUAGAACGUACCGAUUAGACAGCUCGCCCAGUGAUCUUGCUUUAAGUGUAAGGAUAAAUUCAGACUUUACCGGCAGUCAAGGCAUAACAACUUGA